GUUCUCGGCCUGGGUUCCCAGAAAUGUCGGGCGGGAGCACCUCCGCGGCCCGUCCUGACGGGCUGCACGGGCAGGCCGCGCCGUUGCCCGCGGGGAGUACGGAGGAUGGGGCGGCCGCGGCCCGGGUAGGGGGCGCUCCCGCCCCGCCGGAGGUGGAGGAAGCCGAGAGCGGGGAGAGCGGCGACGGCGGGAGCCGAGGCUCGUCGUACUUCUCCGGCAGCGGCAGCGACGAUGACGACCUUGAGGCUGAAUGGUCGGACAGUGUGCAGAAAUACGGGGAGCUAUUUUAUCUAGAGCUGAGUGACAGUGAAGAAGAAAGUCUCCUCCCAGAAACGCCAGCUGUGAACCAUGUCAGGUUCAGUGAAAAUGAAGUCAUCUUUGAUGAGGAUUAUCUCAGAGAAGGAAGAAAAUAUGAACCCAGACUCAAGAAGUUUUCCAAAAUUUUGAAAAGCCGAAGACUUUUGCCAAAGCGUUACAAUAAAAAAAACAGCCACGGACCAGUAUCAAUCCUAAAGCAUCAGCCCACGCAGAAAAUGGGCGUCAUCCUUCAGCAGCGGUACAAGGACGUGUCUGUCUUUGUAAACCCCAAAAACGCAACGGCCGUAAAAGCGAAAGAGCAUCUCAAGCUUCUGGAAGUGUUGCUGGGAAUCAUUCACCAGUCUAAAUGGAGGAGAAGAGCCGAAGGCGCCGACAGAGCGAAACUCAUAGUGCACGGCUUAGUCCCAGGAGGCCCAGCCAUGAAGAGUGGCCAAGUGUUGAUCGGUGAUACCCUUGCCGCUGUAAACGACGUGGAUGUGACCUCAGAGAACAUAGAGAAAGUUCUAUCUUGCAUUCCAGGCCCUAUGCAGGUGAAACUGACAUUUGAAAUGGCAAACUCUGGGCAAAAAGCAGCCAUUCAACCCAAACAGAAGAAGCCCCAGACAACGGGUAACGAUUUAGUCAGGCUCCUCUGGGGCGAAGAGGUCCAGAAUCUUCAACAGAAUCUCCAAAGCACCCCUCACAUCAUCAUGUAUCUCACCCUGCAACUGGACUCUGAGACAUCGAAGGAAGAGCAGGAAAUUCUUUACUAUUACCCAAUGUCUGAAGCAUCUCAGAAACUUAAAAGUGUAAGAGGAAUAUUUCUAACCCUCUGUGACAUGCUGGAAAAUGUAGCUGGGACACAUGUUACCAGCUCAUCACUUUCUUUAAAUGAAAAAUUAGUACAUGUGGCUUACUGGAAAGAAGAUGACAAAUUGUUAUUAAUUGGACUUCCUGCUGAAGAAGUUCCCCUUCCUCAGCUAAGGAAUAUGAUAGAAGAUGUUGCCCAAACCUUAAAGUUUAUGUAUGGUUCUUUAAAUAGCACGUUCUGCGAGGUGGAGAACGCCACUCGGUUGGACCAUUUUUUCAACUUGUUCUUCCAAAGAGCAAUUCAGCCUGAAAAGCUUUACUCCAGGACCAGCCCUCAGCCCUGCGAUGCCUCCAGCUCACUGUUCAUCGACACUCUCCCCGGUGUUCAGUGGCUCACACUUCCCCAAGAAACCCAGAUGGAAAUCGACAUGGCAUUAAAUGAUUUGGAGGCGGCAGACUUUGCAGAACUGUCUGAAGAUUACUACGACAUGAGGCGUCUAUACACAAUAUUGGGGUGUUCUCUGUUUUACAAGGGUUAUCUGGUUGGCAGCCACUUGCCCAAGGACGACUUGAUUGACAUCACCGCAUAUUGUCGGCAUCAUUGCCUGCUCCCGUUAGUCUCAGAGCAAAGGAUCGGUCACCUGGUCGUGUGGAGAGAAGUGUUCCCCCAGCACCACCUUCAGCCUGCUUCUGAACCACAUCCCCAAGUCUUUCGGGAGCCUGAGGGAAGAUAUUUUUUAUUAAUCGUUGGUUUGAAGCAUUAUUUGCUGUGUGUGUUGCUAGAGGCUGGAGGAUGUGCGUCCAAAGCCGUGGGGCAUCCGGGCCCAGAUUGCAUCUAUGUGGACCAGGCCAAAGCCACUCUUCUUCAGCUGGAGGGAGUAGAGGCCAGCCUAGACGAGAGGCUAGCCUCUCCUUCAAACCCCUGUUUGUCUUGUGCAGACUGGUUCCUUCCGUCCUCGCGAGAUAAACUCGAAAGCUUGACCUCCUCCCCUCUCCUCACCAAGCUGCAGCACACGUCUAGGGCCAUCACCUCUCCUUCCAGCCGAAGAAGGCUGUUUAGUGACUACUCUCUAAAGACACAUAAGCUCAGUCCUUCCAGGGGCAGUGGGGGCUCUGAUAAUGGAGCGGACGGUGCUGGGGAAGGUGGAGGCCCCAGCCCACACACGACCCCGGAUCCACUCCACAGGCAAGGCGCGAAGGAAGCUCAGAGCCCUGGGGGUGCACAAGCCAGCGGCACCUUGCUCAAGGCCACUAAAAAGAAAGGUACUCUUCCAAACCCUUUUCAUUUGGGAAGGCUGAAAAAGGACCUGUCAGAAAAAGAAGUGGAACUGUGUGAUGCCAUGAAGUUGACGUCUGGCGCUGAGAACACGCUUUUUCACUAUGUUGCCUUAGAAACCGCGCAAGGCAUCUUUGUUACCCCAACGCGUGAAGAAGUAGCACAGCUUGGUGGUUCUGUCCACCCUCAGCUAAUAAGGAAUUUCCAUCGCUGCUGUCUCUCUAUUCGUGCAGUCUUCCAGCAGUCCUUGAAGUGUGAGAAGAAGAAGGCCCUUAAUGUUGAAGGCAAUCCUCAGUCUGCUCAUGCUGCAUCCUCCCUCAGUCCUGUGAAAGAACAUGGCGUGUUGUUUGAAUGUUCCCCCGAAAACUGGACAGAUCAGAAAAAACCACCUCCAGUCAUGGCUUACUGGGUCGUAGGGAGACUCUUCUUAGAGCCCAAGCCUCAAGAACUCUAUGUGUGUUUUCACGACUCGGUCACUGAAAUUGCCGUCGAACUGGCAUUUAAACUGUCCUUUGGCUUGGCCACGUGAUGCACCUUCCUGGUCACCCAGGGACGCCGCGGAGCACCCAGCGUUGGAAACACUGAAACCCACCCUGAGGCGGCGGCUCUCUUUAAGGUGACCCGGAAAUGGCUCUAAACCCUCCCAGAAGUCACUGGCCGCUCUCCUUAAAUGCAGCCCCCCCUUCUUGGUCUGGCUGGGCUCUUGAAAGGAUACCUUGUGUGUAUAGGAAGAUGGAGUUGUUCAUUUAUUGUCAUUAUAUUGUAAGUCAUUUUGCUAAAUGAGCUGGUUUGUUGUAUGUUUUGAAAUAAUGUGUAGAGUUUAAUAUCAAAUUGGCUUCGGGAAGAACACAUCAUGGAAAACAUCCAGAUCCUAGUGUAUUUGUUUUGUGGCUGAUGUUGAUGGGAAGGGCGCAGGCCCAGGAGCAGGUGGCCUGAGCUCGGGUCCUGGCUCUGCCUCCAGCAGUAAGUGGCAGGCCUCCAAAUAAGGGACCCAGAGACACUGUUUGCGUGAGAGGAAAUCUCGGGAUUGAGUUCAGUGGAUUCUAAUGUACCAUCCAGCUCCAGUGUUCAAGGCCUCUGUUUUCCCGUCAUCUUGAAUAUUGGUCCUUUCCGCCCAAUCUUCUUCAUGAUGCAGGUAUUGAAACCUCACCAGUCCUAUCCUCCUUUCCCCUGCAGUCAGGAAAUGGUCAGUGACCAUGUAGCACUCGCCUCUUCAGCCAUUGGGCUUAAUGAAUUAGCUGCUCAGGAACAGAUUUCUUCUGUUUCCUGAGAUAUGAUGUCAAUGUAUUCUGUUUUUAUACAAGCGACACAUUCCUAAAAAGCCAAUCAGCUUUUUGAAAACCAAUUUAUUACAUCCAGUAUGAUUCCCAUUUAUAGGAACCUUUUGGUGAACCCCAUUGGCAAAAUUAACCCCAUUGGUAAAAAUCAUCCACCCUUGAUUCUUCGGUCAUGCAAGUUUGCAUUUGGGUUUUCUUUAAUUAAGACAUUCUUAAAAUAUUUUAGGAUUCAUCUUACCCUUUAGAAGAAAAGAGUAUUAAGAAAUCGUGACACUGGGAGAAUUCUGCCCAAAUGAGAAAGCCUUGUGUGGGGCAGUGGAGGGGCCUGGCCAAGGUGGCAGCCCUACCUGGCGGUGUGGCCUGUGUGUAGCCCCCUGGGGGCUCAGGGAAGGCCUCCAGGUGUGUGUCCUCGCAGCCUGGGACUGGAGGAGGGCUCCUAAGACCCCCAAGCUGGACUCUGGGUCUCCAGCAGCCCCAGCUCCCCCUGCUCCCCCUCUAGAACCUCAGGUUGGGGGGAGUAAAGCUUAGAGAUUAUCCACUGUAUUCAUGCAUUCAGAUUAUUUCAUGUGUCUCACGUAUUGUAUUUGUAGCCUUAGCACCUGGGACGUAGAGAGAUCUUGAUACAUGCUCGGCAAUGGGUUGAUGAGGAAGGCUGACGCUCGUAGAGGGUUAAGUAAGUUUUCUGAUGCCACUAGCUGGCAGAUGCCAGGGUCAAGGUUCUUUCUUCAGAGGAAUGCAUCGUCUGCAACAUGCUGUGUGCCACGGAGCCAUAGAUCAGAGCCAGACAGAAUCCUCCGCUCUGCCCCCAGAGCUGAGAGCAGAGAUGCAUGAACUUCAUGGGGCGCAUUGAGCUAGCUAACUACAGCAUCGGGCCAUGGGAAAGGGUCUCGUAGAGGGAGGGCCCUGGGCUGGGAGACAGAAGAGGUUUGAAUUACAUACACUCACAAACACACGGCCACUUAAUUGUUGUGUGUAGCCAUGGGCAGUAUCACGCUGAGCCUGUUUCCUCUUCUCCUAAAACUGGGGUAACAAUCCCUUUGCCAUUUACCUCUCUGGGUAGUCAUGAGCAUCAAGUGAAAUCAUAUUUGUAAAGGGUUUUGUACCCUGCAGAGAUCUAAAUAAAGGUCCACAGUUAUCAUCAUUCUAAUUGUAUCUGUGAGAAUACUUUUUGAAAAAAAAAUUUAUUUAACGAAAUUUUGUUCUUUACAAUGGUUUUUGGAAACAGAAAGAAAAAAAGUAUCCCUAUUUGCAUCCAGAUACAGCCCAGUAUGUGAGGGCAGCUUUUAAAAACACAGCCGGCAUCUUUUUGGGUUUUGAUUCCCAAAUGGCCAGUGAAAGGGGUCGUCUCUGAGAUCCCUGCACUGCAGAUGGCUGCCCGCGUUUACCCCUGAAAUCAAGAACCUUUGACCAUCAAAGCCAGGCUGCCGCUCUGGCUAACCUGGCACUUUAUUCAAGGAGAAAAAGGGUCAGUUUGUCAGUGUACGUGCUAGCUGGUUCCUUUGGGCAAUGUGAAAACAUUCUCAGACUGAGAUAUUCCACACCCCAGCAGGUCCUUAGACCUCCAAGGAGGUGACUGCAUAUAAAUGCACUGCAGAACAUUCUUUUUUUAACCCAUACCUUUACGUAUCAGGCACCACUGAGUGUAGAUGAGAAUUUUUCCAUGCAACAAUAGCAGUUACUUUAUGUCUUUACCCUGCGUCUCUGAACUGCUCCCUGGAAAGUCAUCAGCCCUGAACCAGGCAGGUCCUUGCUUUUCAUCUGGGCUUUGGAAAGACUGAUAAAUAUGUAGGAGCCUAGAAAUGAGCCCAGCAUCGGUGUUUUUCCAUCCUAGAACAAUGC